CUCUGGUGAAACAUCCCGAAGAACCAACAUCAUCAAUACACUCCUCACUUACUUUCUCCAGCACGGGAGAAGUGCCUGGAAGAAAAACCACCCUGGUCGUAUUUGGGUGGGGGCGUUCUCCAAGCUGCACAAGGAGCGAGAGGAGGCUAAGGACAGCACAUUUUAGCUGAGGCUUUCUUCACGAGAGGAGCUACUCAUCCCCUUUGGCUGGGAAGACCCUCCACAAAUUCACACAAGUAGGAGCCAACCAAACCCAACUUGUGCACCCGGGUAGUCGUCCAAGUAGAGCGUGGAGAGGAAACUCCCCAUCGCAAAGUCUCACUCACUUGGCAUCUCACCCUCAACCCAAUCUCAUCUUCGGACUUUUUCAACUUUCCCCACUUUCACCUAAUCUCGGCCACAUACUUUCUCCUCCACUUAAAAAAAGACAAACUUUUCCCACUUUGUAACUAGUUUGCAGUGAGCGUGUUGUGCACGGGGUGUGGUGGUAGGAUCUCUCGCGGUGUAAUAAUAGAGGUGAAAAUAAUAAUAAUAAGAUUGUACUUGCUGGUAAAGUUUGGAAUUUUUGUGCGUAGCGAGAGUAUACAUAACUUUGUCGUGGUGGGGAUUGGAGUGAGUGAGACAGUGCAAAAUGCAGCCAAUCAUUAGUAUUGACCAAGCGAGUUAAUGUUGAUGGAUUGAGAAUUAGAAGAUGCGGAGAGAGGAGGAAGAGAUGGACAACCGAGUGGAUCAUCAUCAGAAGAGCGUUGGUGAAGAAGGCUCCUCGUGGAAAAGGAACAAAUCAUGUUCAUCUAUUUUUUCCCUGGUUUCGUCACUCGUUGUUUUCCUUCUCUUUUUGAGCCCAGGGGUGCUGGCUAGCUGGGAUGACUGGUGGACUUAUGACGGAAUUUCUGGUCCCGCAUUUUGGGGUCUAAUCAAUCCACAAUGGAGUCUCUGCUCAAAGGGAAGGAGACAAUCUCCGGUGAAUGUGGAACCUUCCAAACUUCUGUAUGAUCCUUCCCUUCGUCCCAUCCACAUCGAUAAAACGCCGGUGAGUGGGGUACUCCGAAACACUGGCCAAACCGUGGUUUUCACGGUGGAGAAGGGUAGCUCCCGAGUGAACAUGACAGGAGGCCCUUUGGCUUACAGAUACCAAUUUGAAGAACUUUACGUCCACUACGGACCUGAAGAUGUCGUCGGUUCAGAACAUAUGAUUCAAGGAAUAUCUUUCCCAGCAGAGCUGCAGUUGUACGGUUUCAAUGUGGAGUUGUAUUCGAAUCUGUCGGACGCUCAACAAAAGCCGAAUGGGGUUGUGGCCAUUUCCAUAAUGAUUCGAGUCUCUGAUGAAGAGCAGUCAAAGUCACCAAAUUCGGAGCUAAGAAUCCUGACAAGUGUUUUAACUCAAAUCAGAUUUCGUAACCAAUCCGCUGUCAUCAAAACCAUUUCUCUUCACGGUUUGCUCCCAGAGACUGAUUACUACAUGACCUAUGAAGGGUCAACCACUCACCCUGGAUGUUGGGAGACUGUCACUUGGGUCAUUUUUAACAAGCCAGUUUACCUCAGCAAGCAAAUGCUCUGGGCGUUGCGUCAACUAAGACAAGGAAGCCGGCCAGAGACUCCGAAAAGUCAUUUACUGAACGUGAGACCAACACAACAAAUGCAUCACAGAACGGUGCGGACGAAUAUAAAUUUUGCACUGGCUCAGGCCAAAAAAUGUCCAACGAUGCAAUCGACAACGUAUUAUAAGGCCAACAUGUGGCGACCACCGCUAUGAUAACCGCCGCCGACGACGACGAGAACCAGAGCAUGAUGUGAUUCAUCAGAAGAGCCCACUCACCUUGCAGCCAGCCAGCUACAUCACCCCCACAAAAACAAGAACAACAAUAUUCGUACGUCUUUAUUACUCUGCAGCAGCAGCAGCAGCAAGUUGAUACAAAUAUCUAUCGCAAUUUGGUCCAGGUCAUUCACCACGCCCCCCCCCCACACGUAUGAACUAAUUGAUGCCACAACCAAGCACCAAUCCAAAAAAACAAGUCUUCAUUCUGCUUCUCUCUGUGUUACGAGUGGAGGAUUUCCAGUUUCAAAAAGUCUCGUAAAAUAAAAUGUCGUUGUAUUAAACUAAAUUGCAUCGUGUAUACAUUUGUAUACGACGCGAACCCCGGUCCCCGCCCCUCCACUAAUUUAUUUUAUUAACAAGACGAAAAAAUGAUACAAUUCUACAAAUUAAAAUCUAAAUCUAAACUAUUAUUAGCAAAUCCCAAAUCUGAAUUAAUCUUUGUUGCCCUAUUUUUACACAUUGACCAAAAUCCGGUCCAUUCCUCAUCAACAACCUUUUUAUUGCCAUCCACAUUCUAAAAAAACGGUAAAUAUUUAAAUCCAAUCUGUCUGCAGCAGUGGUCCAACCUCUGCAAAAAAAGGAAACAAAUUAAUUUUAACCUCUGACUAUCGUUCGCAAAGUUGUGUUGUAUAAAUUUAUAUCUGGUGAACUAAGUUGUGACACUGCUCAUUGAAUGUCCCUGUAUUUCUUCGUAUCAUAGAUCCCAAUAUUAUAAUAAGUAACUUGUUAUUAUUACUUGCAAAACUUACUUGGUUGUUAUCCACCGUGCAAUUUUUUUUAUAUAUACUUUAGCAAACUACACGUAACACAACCUUUAGGUCGAAAUAUGAUAACGAUGUGAAAUCUUUAUCAAAAAAUGCAUUUUUAGAAUUAUAAAAAAAAACUUCUUGAAACUUUUUUUUUGAAAAGUCAAGAAGUGGCACUCAACAAAGUAAAAUUUGCCAAAAGAGUCAUGCUAACUAAUGAUGCUAAUAAAGAAAUGUUUCACACUAUGAAA